UUUACAAAAAGAACCGUGUAGUCUAUCCUAUGUCGAGGGUCGAGCAAUCUUAUAUGACGAAGAGCUUCGUGAAAACAAGGCAGACGCAACAACCGGGGAAGAAUAUGAAACAAAUAAUACAGUACAAGCACAAGGUGUGGAAUCAGAUGGAGCUCGAGGUUUUUCAUUCAGCAGUCGAAGAUCCUCUUCAAGUAGCUCUGACGAUGGCAAUGUUGAAUGCCAUGCGUGUACAGAAGUUGAUGGAAGACCACCAGGUGGCGUGUGUAACAUCACUAUGUCAGCUCUGCAAAAGAUACACAGCUAUGAAGGGGUGUACAGAUAUGGCAUUAACGUUGGAAAUAUGAGGUACACCAUAUAUUUGAAAUCUUCUGACAAUAAAACCACGAGAUCCAAAAUUGAGCAAGAUUUCCCAAAUCAUAACUUCUUUUUUGAAAUAAUCGGGAAAGAUACCAGAGGCGUACAAAUAGCAG